AUGACUAUUGAUACAGUUAUAUUAGAUAUUGAAGGUACUGUGUGUCCAAUUACAUUUGUUAAGGAUACUUUAUUUCCAUAUUUUUUAACAAAAUUACCAUCAAUUUUAUCAUCAAUUGAAUUCCCAUUAUCUACUUCAUCCUCAACAAAUGAUGAUCCAAUAAUUCAAAUAUUAAAACAAUUACCUGAAUCAAUUACAAUUUCAAAUGAAUCAGUAUUUUCAUAUUUGAAAAAUUUAGUUGAUCAAGAUAUAAAAGAUCCUAUUUUAAAAUCAUUACAAGGGUAUAUAUGGGAAAAAGGUUAUGAAAUUGGAGAUUUAAAAGCACCAAUUUAUAAAGAUUCAAUUAAAUUUAUUGAAAAUUUCAAUAAAAAAAUUUAUAUUUAUUCAUCAGGUAGUAUAAAAGCACAAAUUUUAUUAUUUGGUCAUGCUGAAAAAGAUCAAGAAUCAAUUAAUUUGAAUCCUUUCCUAAAGGGAUAUUUUGAUAUUACAACUGCUGGAUUUAAAAAUAAAUCUGAAUCUUAUAUUAAAAUCUUGAAUGAAAUUAAUAAAUCCAAUGAUCCUUCUUCAGUGUUGUUUUUAAGUGAUAAUGUAAAUGAAGUUAAAAGUGCAAUUGAAUCAGGUAUGAAUAGUUAUAUUGUUAUAAGACCUGGUAAUGCUCCUUUAUCUGAUGAUGAUAAAUCAACUUAUAAAACUAUUCAUUCAUUAGAUGAAUUAACAUUGUAA